GGUAGAGAAUCCAAGCCUUGAUGACAAAGAGGUGAGUGUUUUUGGUUUGUGGGCGUAUGAUUCUGUAUUUGCACUAGCCACUGCGAUUGAGAAGGUUUUUGGGAAAAACUAUAACAACGGUAGAGUUACCAAAAAUGGGAGUUUGACUAGUAGUAGUAAUGACACUUUGACAGAUCUUGACACUUUUGGGGUAUCUCUGAAUGGUCCAGAAAUUCAACAAGAGUUAUUGAAAGUAAGAUUUAAAGGGUUGGCAGGGGAGUUUAGUCUUUUUAAUCGACAACUACCAUCAAAUUUCGAGAUAGUGAAUGUAAUUGGUAAAGGGGAAAGAUUGGUAGGGUUUUGGACCCCACAAUUUGGCCUCACAAAGAAGUUGGGCUUGGCAAACAAAAAUUCUACUUAUAAUACUUCAAAGUCUAACUUGGGGCCCAUUAUAUGGCCAGGUGAUUCAAUGGAAGUCCCCAAAGGAUGGGUCGUUCAUCCCACAAUUGGGAAGAAAUUGAGAAUAGGGGUGCCAUUGAAGUUUGCCAAUUCUAGUUUUGUCAACGUAAGGCGUGACUUUAGUACUAAUAGACCCCGAGUCAGUGGAUUUUGUAUUGAUGUUUUCAAUGCUGUUAUGGAUGCAAUGCCUGAUGCUGUUCGAUUUGAGUUCGUACCAUUUGUAAAGCCUAAAAAAUGGGAGAGCGCUGGUUCAUACGACGACAUGAUCUAUCAAGUGUAUCUUGGGAAGUUUGAUGCAGUGGUGGCUGAUGUAACAAUCAUAGUAAAUAGGUCCAAUCAUGUGGACUUUACCUUGCCCUACACAGACUCUGGUGUGACCAUGAUUGUGCCAAUUAGAGGAAUAAAAAUGAAAAAUGCUUGGGUGUUCUUGAAGCCUUUGACUGGGGGUCUUUGGGCCACUACUGGUUGCUUUUUUGUUUUCGUUGGCUUUGUGGUUUGGGUUUUAGAGCAUCGCAUAAAUAAGGAGUUUCGUGGUCCACCUUCCCAUCAGAUUGGAACUAGCUUCUGGUUCUCCUUCUCCACCAUGGCUUUUGCACAUCGCGAGCAAGUUGUGAGUAACUUGGGUAGAUUUGUGGUGAUAAUAUGGUGUUUUGUGGUUCUCAUACUCACCCAAAGCUACACAGCUAGUUUAACUUCAUUAUUAACCGUUGAACAACUUUUACCAACUCUAACCGAUGUCAAUGAGCUAAUAAAGAGUGGACAGAAAAUUGGCUUCCCAGAAUUAUCUUUUGUUUUAGGAAUGCUUAAUGAGUCAAUCCAUUUCAAAGAACAUCAAAUCAUAAAAUACAAAUCACUACAACACCUAGGGGAACUUUUGGCAAAUGGUGAUAUCGUUGCUGCUUUUGAUGAAAUCCCUUAUAUGAAGGUCUUCAUUGCCAAGCAUUGCUCUAACUAUACCAUGGUUGGACCAAUCUACAAAACUGAUGGUUUUGGCUUUGUAUUUCCAGUAGGUUCUCCUUUGGUGGGUGAUGUGUCUAGGGCAAUUCUAAACGUGACAGAAGGAGAUAAGAUGAAGAAAAUAGAGAAUGCUUGGUUUAUUUCAGACACCAUUUGUCCAGACUCGAGCUCAGUGGUGUCCGAAGCAAGUACUUUAGGCCUCAACAGCUUUUGGGGGCUAUUCCUUAUCUCCGCGAUUGCUUCCAUGUUGGCUCUGGCCAUAUUUACAGCCAUGUUUCUCUACGAGCAUAGGGAAAUCUUAUUGCGUUUCGAUUCGAAUAAUAACACUGAAGCCUCUCCCUCGAUAUGGCAAAGGUUUAGGGUUUUUUUGAAGGUGUUUGAUGGGAAAGAUCUCAACUAUCAUACUUUCAGGAAGGGUGAUAUUAUUGUGAAGCGUACUACUGAUCACGACGUAGAGAUGAAGGAAGUAGUGGAUCUUGGCCAUGGCUCACCAAGCCCAUCAAGCUAUUCAACCCAGACAGACUCUAACGUUUCUUUCCAUGAUGAUCAACUAGGAACACCAACUUCUAUUCAUGAACAUGGCCUAAGCUCUCCCGAGACAAUACAUUAGUAAAAAAGUUAUAGUGGCUACUAUUUUGUAGAAAUAUAACUAGAGGUAUCAAGGAAAUAAAAUAACUAUAUAUAUUUUUUAAUUUAUAUUUAUAUAUAUUUGAAAAGUAUAGUCUUAUUAAAAAGU